AUGGGCUGCAUUCUGAUAUUGCACACACAUACACACACGCACACAUGUACAUACACAUACACACACGUAAACACACACACGCACACAUGUACACACACAUACACACACACACAUACAUACACACGUAAACACGCACACACAUACACACACACACGUACACAGACGUACACACGCACAUACACACACGUAACACACAUAUACAGACAUGCAUACACACACACACACACAGACGCACACGUGCACAGACGUACACACACACACACACACACACACAUACAUACAGACACACGUACAAGCAUACACGUACACACGCACAUAUGUACACACGCACAUACACGUACACACCCGCACACACACACACACACACACACACAUACGUACACCAUACCGCUACUAGUAUCUACCAAUCAUUUCACAGUUGUCCACUCGAAUGUAAUCACAACAAUUAACCAUUAUUUCUCUUCAAUAGAAAAUGCUUUAAUUUUGUUCAAUUAUUUAGUAAUUUUAAUCAGAGGCUCAAUCUAA